AGCCCCUUCAAACUGUUCGCGAACCUAAGCCCGCGUGCGCGCAUUACGAGAGGCUCGAGGAUCUAUCGGGAUCUGAAUUUGCUCCGGACGAACCCCCGUGCUCCUUAUUCGCCGAACAGAGAGCGCGAGAGAGAACUAUAGAGAGAAAAAGAGAGAGAGAGAGAGAGGCCGCGAGGGAGAGAGCGCGCGAGAGAGAAAGGGGGUGGUUUCUACCGGGCGAGAACGUCCCUUCUACAGUCGCGCUCAAAAGUCGAGCGCCGAACGUCAUGGCUAGUUCGUGGUGCGAUGUGAUAGAGUGCAAUCCAGGACAUUAACGAACAGACACGCGAAGAUUGAAUCCGAUCGAUCGCGGAUCGAGCAACCGCCGGAGGAUCCGUUUGUACCGCGAAGAGGAACUCGGGCCGCCACUCUGCACCAUGAUCGUGCGGAAGUGUUUGUCUCCGACGACACCGAUCUACUGUUUGAUCCUGUCGGUCGUGCUCGGCACGGUCCAAGCCGAACGAUGGUCGCGACAGGUCUCGAACAGCGAAUGGAUCCCGUUGCCGGAUCCAAGGACGACCCAGACUCAGGUAGAGCAUAGCAAUCCAGAUUCGGGGCUGGUGGCGAGCGGCACAUCGCAAUUGCCGCAAGUCCCGCAAUUAUCCUUGCCACCGGCGCUCCAGCAACAGUACCAGGACCAGCUUCUGCAGCUACAAAAGACGCAGGAGAAUAUACAGAAGCUGCUGCUACUGCAACAGCAGCUGAGAGCUCAGCAGCAACUUCUUCAGUCCCAAACGUUCUUGCCGAGCGGAUUCGGGAACGCGGAGGAGGAGAAACGGUUGCAGCAAAGUGGAUUAGGGCAUCAGCAAACGGACUUAGCCCCGGAGGAUCUCGUGCCUCCGUUACCGGCCACGGAAGCGUUGCCCCCGGUAUUUCCGGCGCAGAGCUUCCUUCCGGCUCAGCGAACCCGGGCUCAUCCGCCGGCGAAACAUGACAACACGAACGUUCCGCAAGAAUUCACGGACUUGCCCGGUCAGAGUUUCAAGCUGCAACAGGGCCACAAUAUCGGGGACGCCGAUGAGGUUCGCGAGAGCCAGCGGCCCGGCGGCAAACACUUGAAGGAGCAGGCAGCUCUGAUGGGACAGGCGCCGACCGGCCAGGACGAGGAGGAAGAGGUGCAGCUGAUCUACGUGCCGGCGGAGACGUUGACGCAGCGUGGUCAGAAGCGCGGUCGCGGCCGGAAGUACCCAAUGCGUCAGCAGCAGUCGCACCACCAGCACCACCACCACCACCAACAGCAACAACAGCAACAGCACCGUGAAAAUCCUGGCGUCGAGUCGAGCAACCAGGACGCGCUGACGCGUCAGAUCCUGCAGCAGAUCCAGCAGGAACGAGAGGAGAAGACGCAGUUCCUGAACGAGGAGAGGAUGAAGGAGAUCGCGCGGCUGAACGAGGAGCAGAGGGCGCUGGAGCGGAAGGCCCGACUGCAGCAGGAGGCGGUGCAGCGGGAGCAGGAGCUGCAGCGGCAGCGGGACGCGGAGAAGAAGAAGAAGGAGCUGGAGAAACUGGAGGAGAUGGCGAAGCAGCGGGAGCUGGAACGGAUCCGGGAGGCGAGAGAGAAGCAGCGGCUGGAGGAGCUGGAGCGGCGGCGGCUGGCGGAGAUGAGAGCGAAGGAGGAGAAGCGGAGGGCCGAGGAGGCCGCCCGGCAGCGGGAGGCGGAGAGGCUGGCCGCGUUGGAGAGGCAGAAGGAGCUGGAGAUCCAGGAGGCGCUGAAGCAGCAACGGAUCCUGGAGAAGCAGCGCGAGGAGGAGGCGGUCAGGGCCGCGAGCCAGGCGCUGGCCGAGCACGCUCAGGCGCUGCCGCUGACCAGGGACCACCAGGACUUCCAGCGGCAGCAGCACCCGGACUCGGGCAAGCCGGUCAGGAGCAAGGUCCGAGGCAGGCACCGUCAGCGGAACCAGUUCCAGGAGCAGCCAAGCUACAGCAGAGAGGCCACGACCACGCCGUCCCCUAAUCAGCCGCCGCUCUCCGUCUACAUGGGCAGCAGCCGCGCGAAGCCCAACAACGCCAGAGUGUCCGACGUGCUGAAGCUGCUGAAGGACGCGAAGACGAUUGCGGUGCUGGACACGGUCGGCCCCGACACCCCCCAGGUGUUCGUCGGACCUACCAACCUGGACCCUCCGAGCGGCUACGCGAAGUUCGAUCUUCCCUAUCUGUCGACGAUCGACCACAACAGGGUCGAGAGGAAAGUGGACAAGUUGCCGUUCUUCGUGGCUCCUCUGAGCUUCGAUCCGCCGCCUGGAUACUCCAAGAUCCCGUUCCCGGCGCCCCACAUUGGCUCCGUGGUCGUCAACACCUUGGACAACACGGACCCGAAAGACGGCGACGAUCAGAACCCAAGUCCCACACCGCUGAUCGAGCCGAACUCAUACAGCGACGGGCUGGACGCCGGCCUCGACUCCACCACGCCCCUCUACGAACCGCAGACCACCGCCGGCUACUCCCAGGAACCGUCCAGUACCCCCAAAUACGAGCAGAGCUACUCGACCACCCCGCAGCCCGGCUACUCCGGCUCCAGGUUCAGGUUCAGGCAGUACUACGGCGACAACAAGCCGGCCUCCGUGAUCAGCACCGGCUACUACGAGGAUCAGAGACCCGCCACCAGGAAGCACAAGUACUAUGACGAUGGUGCGAGGUCCACCGAGAGGCCUAGAGGCGAGACCUCCGGCGGUCAAAUCGAGCAGGUUUCCUACGCGACCACGCCUAGUUUCAAGGACGUUCCGGUCGGUCCCCAGGAUCCUUCCACCAAGGAGCAGGACCUGGCCGCGCAGCUGGCCCUGAUCAACCAGGAGCUGGCCCAGCAGAGGGAAGCCCAGAGGUACAAUGCCGCGGGACAGUAUGGCCCGGACAACUCGCCGACCGGUUUGAGCAACGCCUUCGAGGGCGACGUCUCCGCCGGAGAGGUCAACGAGGUCAGGGGACCCGUGGGGCCCACUCAGUAUAGCCUGCCGGCUGAGCUACCGGCGAUCUCACCGCACCUACCCGGACUGGUCAACUCGUUGCUGGAUAAGAACGAAGGCAGGCUACAGGCCAGCACCACAACUACUACCCCGAGCACCACCACUGCGACCAGCACCACUGAACGCACCCCUACCACCACGUACAGGCCGCGGGGGAGACCGCGGAGCCGAGUUUCCACGGUGAAACCGAGGACGACGACCCAAGCGCCGACCACGAGGAUAAACGUCGACAGGAAUCGGAGACCGUACAACAGGUCCAGGUCUAGAUUCAGCACGACCACCGAAGCGUACCAAGAAUCGUACGAGCCGACCAAAUCAAGGAUUCCGGAAACAACCGUGAGAUAUAGCACCGAGCACAGGCGGCCGACCAGCAGGACACAGAAGUUUAGGACUCGUGACAAAGCCAGCCAGCAGUCCGAGACCCACGUGCAGAGUCCUCAAACGCAGCAGACCUACGAAGAACCCAGUGACGCAGGCUCCCCGCCGACGGGAUCCGGUUUCCUGCAGUCACCGGUUCCGGAAACGGUUGCUCACCAAUUGGACGCAACAUCCAGCCUGGGCGACUUCACCCCGGAGAAUUAUCCGCCGAGCACCGUCGGCACUACCGAGAACUAUCCGACGGUGAACCAUGGAUCCUCGUCCUCGCUGCUCUCUGAGGACUACGCGAGGACUCAGAACUAUCCGCAAACGGUCCCCGAUCAGUCCCAGUAUCGCGGCGGUUACGAGGAGGUCGUCGAGCCGACCGGUCUCGAGAAAACGCCGGUGAACGGGUUCAAUUAUCAGGCUCAGAACGGGGAGGUGCUGGAUCAGGCGAUCCUUCAGAGACCGAAGGACUACCAGCUGGACGGAAAAGCGGAGAACAGCGACUUCGAGCUAGCCACCACGCCGGACCCGCGGUUCAAGACCACGGAGGAGCAACGUUACUCCCCGAUUUACGACGCGAACGUGCCGCAGACCCAGCCGGAGUACAGUCUGACCGGGCAGGACAACCUUCAUCGAUUGGAGAGCGAGAAGAUCCAGACCAGCGUACUCGGCGACGACCAGAACCAAGAACCUAUCUUCGUCCCGCUGCCCGAGAACAAGCAGGAGGACUAUGUGCUGCCUGUUUCCUCGACAGAGCUCCCUCUGACCGAGAUUACAACAGAGACCACUACGACAAGCACGACGCCGGUGGUGAUCCGUCAACGGGUCCGUGGACGAGUCGGCAGCCGUUCGAAUCAGGAGCCGUCGGUUCAGACGCGUAACAGAGGCACGCAGGACGAAUACGUGCGUUUCAACGUCGUCAAUCAAGACUCCGGUCGAACGUCCCCGGGUCGACAGCGGGCCAGAUCCAGAACACGUAAUCAGAGCCACGGAUCUCAGGUGCAGACCGACGGGAACGAGUACAUCAAGAUCCACGCGGUGCAGCAGCAAAGGCAAGUCGCCACGGCGACCACCACGCCGCCGACAACCACCACCGUCGAGAGCCAGCCGGAGGAGGACAUCGACUACGGAUUUAUAAGGCCGCCGAAUUUCCGGCCGGUGCAUCCGGUUGAUAACAGGUUCCAAGCACCUGUUACCUACCGGCCGCAGAUCUCGGAGGUGCCGCAGCAGUCCCUGCUGGCGAACGACGAGACCGCGGUGGAAUCGAGCCCGCCGCAGGCGCAAUUGCUGAAAACCCGUCAGAAAUACCAGUCGGCGCCGAAUCGUCGGCUGCCGGGCAGGCCGACGACUUUGCCGCCGCCGACGACGACGACGACGACGCCGAUCCACGAGGUCGCCACCACCACGGAAAGGAUACCUGUUGCGACGGUGUUGCCGGAGGAAUCCGUGUACGCGGCGAAGCCGAAAACGCGGCCCGACGACACGAGACAGACGAGGGUCAGAGGUCGGGCACGCCGGCCCGGAAAGAAACGAGUGUCGACAACCAGUACGACCGAGUCGCUCCUGGAGUCCCACAACGAGCUGCCGCUGGACGAGAAUUAUCCACGCGUGAGGACCCAGUCGACUACCACCGAGCACCAGGCCACCCUCUACGAGGACAAUUACGACGGCGCCCCGCAGUUCCCGCAGAAUCGCGAGCCCGGCCAACAGUUCUACGAGACGUCGAGCGAGAACUACCCGUCGGAGUUCAUCCUGAACUUCGGCAAUUACCAGGAGCAGCGGUCUCAGAGGGACGAGUACGAUCAAACGCAGCUGGCCAGCAGCUCGCCGGAAAAGUACGGGGUGCAAAGCGAGCAGAGCGAGCCGGCUAGCAAGGACGGAUCGGACGAUUCGAGCCCGACGACGGUCGACAUUUACGGAGCGGAGAGCCAGUGGUCCACGAAAUUGACGAGGACCUCCUUCCAGCCUAGCUUCGCGGUGAACCAGGUGAACCAGGGAGCAGGGGGGAGGCCGAGGGAGCAGUGGCGGCUGCGCGGCGGCGGCGGCGCCUCGAAGGAAGCGAACGCUCCCGAGAUAAUUACCGCCGGGCCGGAACUCUCCUCCGUGACGUUGCUCGUUUCCUCGGACGACAAAAGGAGCCCAGAAGACGGCAUCGGGAUCGACGAGGAGGAGUCGAUGCUGAUCGGCACCACGGUGUUCGGCAGGAAGACCGGCGCGCCGGAUCACACCGAGAAGAUGAACGACAGCCAGGCCGUCACCGGCUCGCCGAUCUCGCCGAGCAGAAAGAGGAUCGUCGGCGAGCCGGAUUCUUGGCUGAUGGACAGGCUCGAGCAUUCUGCGGACCAACGGGCCGCCAUCGAUAUCGAGAAGACCCGGAAGAAGAGCUCCGACGCGCCCGCCAUUAAGAAGGGUACCCGAAGGAGGCGUGUCCGGGUGCGAGUGCGUCCAGCAAUGGAGGACUUCGUGACCGCAGAAUCGCAGCACUAUAAUUCGGCGUUAAACGGCUUGAUCCGCGAGCAGUACAAGUACAACCCUAUGCGGGAGACGAGGCUGCCGACGCCGCAGCCGAUCUUGUCGGAGAAGUCCGCGUUGCAGGACUUCCUGAAGGAGAUCCUGAAGACCGAGGAGCCGACGAUCAAGCCGCCGACAACGACGACGACGACGACGACGAGCACCGAGGUGCCGGAGCCCGCCUGGACGAUGUCCCCGGCGGCGACGACGAUCGCCGUCGCGCCAGCCGAUUCCGAAGGCAGCACCGAGAGCCAAAUGACGACGAUGCCGCCGACGACCGUGCAGCCGGAGGACGCGACGACCGUGGGCCCGCUCGGCAAGGGACCCGCGCAAUCGGUGCGGGCGAAGGGAGCGGCCGAGUCGAAGGCUUACGAUGGUGACAUGGACGAUGACCGAAAGAAGAAGGCGGUUCCUUGGGACGGGAAUUGGAGCGAGCGGGCAGCCUUGGACCUGAACUUCCUGGCAGAUAAAUACAAGUCGAAGGAGAACGACGUGAAGCUGGCCGACGACUGGGAGACGAGCCGCAGCGACGAGCAGCCCGACAGGACCCGUUUGGACGACGCCGGGUCGGUCGAGGAGGCCGAACGGUCGAAGCAGCUGGAGGAAUACGGCCACCCGAAGAACCAUAGAGCCAAGUGGAGCGAGGUGAGGCUGCCGGCGGCGUUCGAACCGUCGCAGACCUGGAAUCAGGACCCUAAAACGAGCGCCGGGACCGGCGCGGCUAUCCCGGGCCUGGUGAGCAAGAAAGAGGGCGACGCCAGCGUGAAGACUCUCUCGGAUUACGUGAAGGCUAUCUUCGACACCAUGAAGAGCGUCGAGGAGGAAACUGCGGCUCCCAGCACGGAGAGGCCCGAGGAGAUAGCGACGACCUUGCAGACGCCGCCGGAAGCGGACGGCGAGUCCCCGACGACCACCGUCGACCCCGAGGUCGCGACCACCGUGCAGACCGUCCUCGACGCGGAGGACGCGAAGACCGAGGCCGGCCAGGAGGUCAUGGAGACCACGACGUACGCGGACGCGACGACCUUGGAGCGAGGCGCCGCGAGCCAGGAGACCACGCCCUCGCCGACCGAGCCGCAGACGACGGACCCGCCCACGACUACGACCACCAUCACGACCACCGCGAACGCGACCGACUCGAUCCUCGGCAAGAUCCUGCGGACCUCCACGACCACCAGGGUCUCGCACAUGACGGAGAUCUGUUACAGGGGCCGGUGCGUGAUGACCAGGCCCAGCCAGGACGACCGGCUCAGAUGAGCCGACCGGGCGCCGAGCUACCGCGGGAUCGUCGUUCUCGCUCUUCCAGGUCCGGAGACAGGCCUGUUCAACCUCGGGUCUCGCGCAGCCAGCUACCAGAAGCGACGGAAUUGAUGCAGGCGCGGGCGGACGCCGCACGCGGCACCGGGAGCGCCGGAGGCCGGCUUACGGAGCAAAGUGGGUGGGGGCUUGGACGCUAAACUAACAUCGGUUUAGUCUCGUAGUCGCGACAGCUCGAAGUUCCGUCGCUUUCUUGAGUCGUUAACCGGACCGCGGAUAUUUGUGCAAGAUUAAAAUUGUUGAUCAUCGUUAUUAGAAACGCAAGUCGGGUGAACAAGUAUUUUCUGUUUUAAUCGUUUUAGUGAGCUGUACAUAAUGUCAAAAAUAUUCCCGAGUUCUUCUCGUGUUUUUACAGUUUCGUUCCUGAUGUAAUUAUUUUUGUCAAAAGUACAUAAAAUCCGCAUUCUUGCUCCUUUUUAGGUACCUAUCGGUAACAUAGGAUAUUAGAGUCGGUUAUUGUGCGGUGAGCAAUUGUUACACGUCUUUGCCAUGUUUUUUGGUAGAAUAAACUUCAUAUUUGUCCAAUAAGAUACAUCAAAUUUGUUCAAACAAGCUAAAACAGUGAAAUAAUUUAAUAUGUCGUAUUUGAUCGAUAUUAAGUUAAUUACGCCUGAAAAUAAGCUAAAGACGUAGCAAUUGAUAACGGAUUUUCAAGGAGCCAAUCACAUUUCAACACAGGAUUAUAGAAUUCCUGUAAAAGUGGCGAGCGUCCAUCGUCUUGACAAAAUAAAAGCGACGAACUUCGAGCCUGUUUAAAACGAACGUUUUAGUCGGUACCUUUAAACAACUAUUAUACAACAGUUUCAAAUAAUUAAUUUCGUUUCAAGCCCUUGCUCCGAUCGCUUCGUAGACAAUCUUACUGUUGCUCGAAGCAACAGCGACAGCGGAUCAGGCAGCGGCUCCUUUGCGGCACUGAUUGGUAGGCGUCGCCUAGUGGAUGUAGCCGCGUGGGCGUAUCUGAGUGGGCGUAGCCGAGUGGCGUAGCCACGUGGGCGCGGCCGAGUGGGCGUGGUCGCGUUGCCCUCGCUGGAGUCGGCGCUCCAAACGGGGAUCUAUGCCCGCGCCUGCAUAAAUCGAUGCGUUGCAAAGUACACGAUCAGUUCGGUAGCACGCAAGGCCUUUCAGCCGCGGCAUUAACUUUAUCUUCGGGGCGUGUCCCGAGUAAGAAGCAAGCUGGGAGAACGUCCAAGGCGGGCCGCCACCUAAAUCUGCAACGCGCUGUCUGCCACUUUUGGUUAAGGCUCCGAAUUCUGUACAUACGACAGUGAACGCAGCGAGAGAGCCCACGGUUGAACAUACUUGUUCGAAAGGGAACGGACCUGUCCAACGGGCCACGUUCGUCGCGGUCCUUCUCUCUUAUUUAUUCAAGCGGAAACGAACGUUCUCCUCUCGUUCAGCCCUGGAACUGCCGAAGAAUCGAGGCGACCGGUCUGCAACAUCCCGGCCGCGGGCACCGCGGACGCGCGUCCAUUUUUAAUUUAUUCGAUGGUUCCAUCGCUUCCCGCUCCGGAUGCGGCUUGGUGAAUCGACAUCAACGCCAGAACCGCCGAGCUUUCGACUAGCCUAAUUCUUAUGGUUUUAUAACAAUGAUAAGAUUGGAUCUACUUAACCCUUUGCCCUACAACCAUGUCUGAGAGACGAAGAAAUCGGGACAGAAAUGAUUACCACGUUUGAGAGGCGUGGUAAAAAAUCGGGCUAGAAAUGAUUAUCACGUCUGAGAAACGUGGUCAAAAAUCGAGCUAGAAAUGAUUGUCACGUUUGAGA